UGGACGACCAUAAUCUUUGCGACAAUAAUCGUCACUUGUCUACUUGGAUUAAUCGUUGAAACUGCGGCCACGAUAGCUCAACCAAAGGCACCUAAUUUUCAAUACUUCGAACGGCCUAAAUACCGCUAUCCAUACUACGAUGAAAAUGGCAGAGGAAAAUUACUCUAUGGCUAUGGAGGACCAGAUCUGUAUCAAUAUAAAACUUACAGUGCCCUCGAGGGAAUUCAUUAA